GGCACACUUCAGAAAACAUGAUCAGGAGAAAACUGUACUGUUCGCUCUUAUUCCUGGCCUUUUUGAAAACCUUCAAAAUAAACCAAAGAUGGAGCAUCUUCAUCAGUGCCUGGUACGCGCACGAAGAUGUGGACAGUGACUACAGCCACAGCAAGCUGUACGACGUGUUGGGAGUCCACAAGUACGCCAGCACGGAGGAGAUCAAAAAGGCGUACAGAAAGUUAUCCAAAAAGUAUCACCCAGAUAAGGCAAAAGAUAAAAACUCUAAUAAUCGAUUCAGCGAAAUUGCAGAGGCAUAUGAAAUAUUAGGAGAUGAGGAAAAAAGAAAGGUGUACGAUCACCAUGGGUUAGAAGCAGCCAAAAAUGUGGAGUCCAACAAAAUGGAGGAAGAUCCAACUGAUCACUUUAACAUUUAUGAAAGUUUUUUUGGUGGAGCAGGAGGAUUUAGAAGAGAGGAAAUGAAAAAGGCGGACAGUUUAACGUUAAAUGUGGAAAUGAGCUUGGAGCAGUUAUAUAAUGGUGAUUUCUUUUCAGUUAUUUAUACUCGAGAUGUUAAUUGCCUAAGAAGUGAUGACUGUAUCAUGAAGAAGAAGGAGUGCAGUGGUAAAGGAUAUAAAACAGUUACUCAGCAGGUUGCUCCAGGCUUCAUUAUGCAAAAUAAAACGAGGGAUGAAAACUGUAUUGAUAGAGGUAAAGCAUGGAAUCAGAAAUGUUCUUAUUGUCCAAAUGGUAUGAAGGAAGAAAAAACAAUUGAGUUAACGUUAGAAGUGGAAAAGGGGAUGAAAAAUAAUGAUAAAAUUGUUUUCGAAAAAAAAGGAAAACAAGAAAUUGGAUACGAAAGUGGUGAUGUUGUUUUUGUUAUCCAAACAAAGAAACAUAAAGUGUAUGAACGCAAAAAUAAUGACUUACACCAAUUUUAUGAAAUAUCUUUGAAGGAUGCUUUAAUCGGAUUUUCCAAAGAUAUUGAUCAUAUCAGUGGGGCCCCUAUUCGUAUAAACAAACAAACCGUGACAUUCCACAAUGAAAUUUUAAAAGUGCAAAAUAAAGGAAUGCCCAUUAAGGACUCGAACAAAUAUGGAGAUUUAUAUAUCAAAUUUUUAGUACAGUUUCCGAAAUAUUUGACGGAGGAUCAGAAGAGGGCCAUUUCUCAGUUCCUCU